AUUCUCCAGCGCCUCCUUCUCCCUUUCUCCCUCGCAAAUUGCUCUCCGGCGCCGGACUUCUCCAACUCCUCUGUCUCUUCCCCCUCCUUCUCCAUCCAAAUUAUUUAAUACUUGAAGCUCCUCCAACGCCGCCAAUGGGUGCGAGCACGGGAGUUAACGAAGAAGACAAGGUCGGAAAGGCUGUAAGGCGGCCGCACCUGGCGGAGGAGAAGGACUAUGAAGCUCUACGCGAUAUUUUCCGCCACCAUAUUGAAUCAUUCGACUAUAUGCUUCAGCAAGGCCUCUAUGUCAUGAUGCAGAACGUCAAACCCGUCGAAGUCCUCGAUCCUGCAACCAAGCUCAAGCUUAGAAUUUGGCUCUCUGAUCCGGAAAUAUAUAAUCCUCAAAAGGAGUUUUCUAAAGUUAUGACAGAUCCAUUAUAUCCUUUUGAGUGUAGGCAAGCAAAACUCUCGUAUUCUGGGACAUUCAUGGCGAAUUUGAAUUUUCAGUACGGUGAUGGAGGAGUCAUAAGAGAUCAAAUUAAUCUUGGGCAGUUUCCUAUCAUGUUAAAGUCCAAAAAAUGUCAUCUUAGGGCGGCAGAAACUCCCAAGAAAUUGGUUUCACUCAAAGAAGAGCCUUCAGAAAUGGGAGGAUACUUUAUCCUGAAUGGACUUGAGAGAGUUAUUCGUCUUGUGGUACUCCCAAAGAGAAAUUAUCCAACGAGCAUGGUGCGGAAUUCUUUUCGUGAACGGCGUGAAGGUUAUACAGAUAAAGCAGUAGUCAUAAGAUGUGUUAGAGAAGACCAGUCUGCCGUUUCAGUUAAACUAUACUACCUUAAUAGUGGGAGUGCAAGGCUUGGGUUCUGGAUACAAGGGAGGGAGUAUUUGCUUCCUGUUGGAAUCAUAUUAAUGGCUCUGACAGAGACGACUGAUCUUGAAAUCUUUGCGAGUAUAACAUCCAGCUACAAUGAAAAGUAUGACCGAGGAAAGGGAUCUGUUGGCACUCAACUCAUUGGUGAAAGAGCACAAAUUAUUUUGAAUGAGCUUCGGAAUUUCAAACUCUAUACUCGCACUCAGUGUCUACAACAUAUUGGUGAGCAUUUCCAGGCUGUUAUGGUGGGACUGGAAAAACAAAGCUACUCUGAUGUUGCGGAUGCUGUGUUAAGAGAUUACAUAUUUGUCCAUCUAGAUGACAAUAUUGACAAGUUCAAUCUACUCAUUUUAAUGCUGCAGAAAUUGUUUUCUCUGGUUGACCACACAUCAGUACCAGACAACCCUGAUUCUUUACAACACCAUGAGGUUCUACUGCCUGGCCACCUAAUAACUAUUUAUCUCAAGGAAAAAUUACAAGACUGGUUACUGAGGGCAAAACGAUUACUACAAGAUGAAGUAGACAAAGACGACAAAAAAUUUGAAUUAAGCAGUGUGGCAGAUGCUAGGAAAGUCAUUGAUAAAAGUGGUCCGAAGCAAAUUGGGGCAGCUAUUGAAAAUUUGCUGAAGACUGGAAGGUUGAACACACAAUCAGGUCUAGAUUUACAGCAGAGAGCUGGGAUGACAGUUAUGGCUGAGAGAUUAAACUAUCUGCGUUUCAUUUCACACUUUCGAGCUGUUCAUCGGGGUGCUGCAUUUGCUGGGCUUCGUACAACAAGUGUUCGGAAGUUGUUGCCUGAAUCUUGGGGCUUUAUGUGUCCUGUUCACACACCCGAUGGUGAGCCAUGUGGGUUGCUGAACCAUAUGACUUCUUCUUGCCGGUUAACUUCAUAUUAUGAUUCAAAAGGGAAAUUAAAAGACUUCCUAGAAAUCCGGAAGUCAAUAUCAAAAGUUUUGGUAAGCAUUGGAAUGACUCCAGCAUUGCCGAAGCUUCUGCUAGCUGGCCCUCCUGAAGUACUUCCUGUUCUUCUAGAUGGUCGUGUAGUGGGUUCUAUUGCUUCUAAUAUAAUAGAAAAGGCUGUCUCCCAUAUGCGGAGGUUCAAGGCAGAAGCUUCAGAGAUACCUGAAGAUCUUGAGGUUGGUUAUGUUCCUUUGAGCAUGGGUGGGGCUUACCCUGGCUUAUACCUGUUCACAUCUGCAUCUAGAUUUGUUCGUCCAGUGCAGAAUCUCCAAAUACCUUCUGAAAAGAGCAAUAAUAUUGAGCUCAUAGGUCCCUUUGAGCAGGUUUACAUGGAAAUAAGUUGUCCUGAUGGAGGAAAUGGUGGAAGGAAGGAUGUUUUUCCUGCAACUCAUGCUGAAAUUCAUCCAACUGGAAUAUUGAGUGUUGUUGGAAAUCUUACACCUUGGUCUGACCACAAUCAGAGUCCUCGUAAUAUGUACCAGUGCCAGAUGGCAAAACAAACAAUGGGUUUUUCUUGUCAAUCUCUAAAUGCUCGAGCUGAUCAAAAGCUGUAUCAUCUUCAGACCCCACAAACACCAAUUGUGCGGACAAAGACAUAUGAAAAGUACAAUAUCGAUGACUGUCCACUUGGAACUAAUGCAAUUGUAGCAGUUUUAGCAUAUUCCGGAUAUGACAUGGAGGAUGCAAUGGUUUUAAAUAAGUCAUCUGUGGAUCGUGGCAUGUUCCGUGGAUACAUAUACCAGACAGAAACAGUUGACUUGGCUGAAGAUAAGUUCAGGGGAGAUCGCUUCCAAAGAUCAUUUGGGAGAAGCAAUGUGGAUAAAUCAAGUCAUCAGUUUAUUGACUCUGAUGGUCUACCAUUUGUUGGGCAGAGCAUAGGUCCUGGUGAUCCAUAUUGUAGCGUUUAUAACGAAGUUACAAGUUCAGUAUCAACUAAUAAGUUAAAAGGUUCAGAUCACGCAUAUGUGGACUAUGUUGCUGUUGAUUCAAAAAACAAAAAACACUUGCAAAAGGCAAACAUUCGUUUUAGGCACCCGAGAAAUCCAGUUAUUGGUGAUAAAUUUAGCAGCAGACACGGCCAAAAGGGUGUUUGCUCUCAGCUUUGGCAGGAUACUGACAUGCCUUUCUCUGGAGCCACCGGAAUGAGGCCAGAUCUUAUCAUCAAUCCUCACGCAUUUCCUUCUCGGAUGACAAUUGCUAUGCUUUUAGAAUCAAUUGCUGCUAAGGGAGGCGCCUUGGACGGAAAUUUUGUGGAUGCUACACCUUUUUCGAGCUCAAUGAAGAAGUCUGACGGGUCAGAAUCUGACAGUUCACUUAUAGAUGAGCUUGGUUCGCAAUUGGUUAAACGUGGGUUUAAUCACCACGGGCUGGAGGUACUGUACAGUGGCGUUUAUGGGACGGAGCUGACAUGCGAAAUAUUUAUUGGGCCUGUAUAUUAUCAGCGUCUCCGUCACAUGGUUUCCGAUAAAUUUCAGGUUCGUUCCACAGGAAAAAUUGACCAGGUGACGAGACAACCUAUCAAAGGAAGGAAGCGUGGUGGUGGUGUGCGUUUUGGGGAAAUGGAACGUGAUUCCCUUCUAGCACACGGUGCUGCAUACCUGUUACACGACAGGCUCCACAAGAGUUCCGACUAUCACAUUGCUGACGUGUGCUCCAUUUGUGGAAGCAUCCUGACGACAUCACUAAUCCAGUCGGAUCAGAAAAAAGUGCGUGAAAUGAUUGGUAUGAGGCUGCCUAGCAAGGCUCCGAAAAAGGUUACGUGUGUUUCCUGCAAGACUAGUAAGGGCAUGGAGACCGUUGCCAUGCCUUACGUCUUCAGAUAUUUAGCUGCGGAAUUGGCAGGCAUGAACAUCAAAAUGACUCUUGAACUAAGUAACUGAGCCGGAGCUUAAGACACAAGUGCUUCGGGGCAACCUAAUGUUCCCUGGAAACAGUAUUAUUACACCGUUCGAUGAUGGCAGGAAGACGAUGCAGUGUGUAGAAUAGAUGAGCAUUUUUUCUGCUUCAACCUUGCUUGCCUCAUUGUCGAUUUUGUUCUGGAUUCUCAAUUCAGUAUGUCCUGAUCUGUAAUGAGGUCCAGAUUUUUAGUGUAACAUUGUAAACUCUGAGUUCAUUAUGUUUAGUUUUAUUCUGAUGAA